AUGCAUACCAAUGAAGAAAUCAAUCAGCAGACGCGCAACGGCGCCGAAGGACCGCCAUCGCGCAGCAGCCAUCGAGGAAGCGUCGGUCGGCCAGAAACUGAAUUUGGCUGGAUUCAUGAACUUUUCAAACAACAGCAAACUAUGAUGCAGGAGCAACAACAAACGUUUAUGAAGCAACAGGAAAAGUUCAUAGCAGAAAUUUGGCAAACAGCACGCUGCAAGGAUCCCGUGAAUGUGGAACAGAUAAGUGAUGUGCUGGCGGGCCAGAUCAAAGACUUUCGUUUCAACCCAGAAGAGUGUGUCACUUUCACCGGAUGGUUUUCGCGGUACGAAGACCUUUUUGAGAAGGAUGCGCAUAAACUGGAAGACGAUGGAAAGGUGCGAUUGCUGCUGAGGAAGCUUGGUUUACCCGAGCACGAACGAUACACGAGCUAUGUGCUGCCGAGUAAGCCUAAGGAUUUCAAUUUUGCCGAGACGGUGAGUAAGUUGAAAUCGCUUUUUGGUCCCCGUGAAUCGGAGGUGAGCAAACGGUUUAAGUGUCUUCAACUGCAAAAGACAAAGCUGGAGGACUAUGUGGCAUUUAGCUGCCGAGUGAAUAAAAGUGUGGUGGAAUCCGAACUCGCGGUGCUAACGGAAGAACAACUGAAGUGUUUUCUAUUCGUGUGCGGGUUAAAGGACGAUAGCGACGCCGAAGUAAGAUUGCGAUUGCUUAAGCAGAUUAGGGGAAACGGAUCAAUCACAUUGCCCCAGUUAGUCGAGGAAUGUCAGCAGAUUGUUGAUUUGAAGGGAGACACCGUAAUGAUCGAGGGCGAGAACAAAGAUGUAAACGUCGUGAAGGACGGGAAACGAGACCAUAUUGCUCAAAAGUGGCAAAAUAACCGCGUUGAACAAGGAGCACAGCGUAAAGCCAGUAUACCUGUGAUAAAGUGUUGGCUUUGUGGGGAAGGCCAUUUUGCUCGGAAGUGUUCAUAUGGCGGUUACAGAUGCAAGCAAUGUCACAAGUAUGGCCACAAGGAAGGUCAUUGUAAUGCAGCCGAACGGUAUAGGAAAUCAAAAACGUAUGGCAAAGUACGAACGGUUGUAGUUAACAGGGUCAUGAGCAAAGGCAAAGGUCAUGUGAGCGUGAUGCUAAAUGGCGAAUCUGUGAAGAUGAUGGUGGACACUGGUGCAGAUAUCUCUAUAAUUUCGAGAGAACAAUGGCGAAAAAUCGGCGAGCCGCCAUUGCGUCCACCAUCCGUGAAAGCAAAGACAGCGUCGGGUAACAAGCUGCGAAUCAUAGGUGAAUUUAGUGCACAGUUAACAUUGAAGCAACAAACGAAGAAUUGUACAGUGCGAGUUACUGAGGAACAAUUAAUGUUGCUAGGUGCUGAUAUGAUGGAUGUUUUCGGGUUGUGGGAUGUACCGCUAGCGUCGGUGUGUAAUAGUGUAUGUGUAGCAACUCAGAGCAUGGAAUCUGUUAGAAGGGAGUUCGGUAGCCUGUUUUCCCAUGAUUUGGGACACUGCACGAAGGCGAAAGUGAGGAUGGAGCUGAAGAAAGAAGCUGUUCCCGUAUUUCGGCCGAAACGACCAGUUUCUUAUGCGAUGCGUCCGGCAAUAGACGAGGAAUUAGAUCGGCUGGAAAAAGAAGGUAUCAUAAACCGCGUUAACUUUUCAGCAUGGGCGGCGCCUAUAGUAGUAGUCCGCAAGGCUAAUGGGAGUAUACGCAUAUGUGGAGACUACUCUACAGGGUUAAAUAAUGCACUUCAGCCCCACCAAUAUCCAAUUCCGUUGCCGGAAGAGAUUUUCUCAACGUUGGCGAAUUCAGCGAUGUUCAGCCAGAUAGACCUCACCGAUGCUUUUCUUCAGGUCGAAGUAGAACAAGAGUGCAGAGAGCUGCUAACAGUAAACACACAUCGAGGAUUGUAUGCGUACAAUCGACUGCCGCCGGGGGUGAAGGUUGCACCAGGUGCCUUUCAGCAGUUAAUGGAGACCAUGCUGGCUGGAAUAAAGGAUGUUGCAGUGUAUUUGGAUGAUAUAGUCAUCGGCGGAGCGGAUGAACACACCCACAUGAUGAACCUGCGUGCAGUGCUAGCAAAGCUGCGGGAGUAUGGUUUCAAAAUCAGACCAGAGAAGUGUAAAUUUUUACAAAAACAGAUUAAAUAUCUUGGUCACAUUUUAGAUCGUGAAGGUCAACGCCCGGAUCCCGCUAAGAUAGAAGCGAUCGUGAAUAUGCCCACACCGAAGAAUCCAUCAGAGGUACGUUCAUUCUUAGGGGCGAUCAAUUAUUACGGAAAAUUUGUGCCCCAGAUGAGAAAUCUGCGUUAUCCGCUUGAUGACUUGCUUAAGAAAGAUGGUCAUUGGCAAUGGAGUCCGGAAUGUCAACAAGCCUUCGAAACGUUUAAGCGGAUACUGACCUCAGAUCUUUUGUUGACAUACUACGAUCCGAGGAAGCCGAUAAUUGUAGCGGCCGAUGCAUCGUCAGUGGGUGUAGGAGCCACAAUUAGCCACAAAAUGUCGAACGGAACUAUGAAAAUAAUUCAGCAUGCAUCCCGCGCCCUAACGAAGACGGAAAUGGGUUAUAGCCAACCAGAUCGCGAAGGAUUGGCAAUAAUAUAUGCGGUUACUAAGUUCCACCGAAUGAUUUUCGGACGACGAUUUACGUUGCAAACGGAUCAUGCACCUUUGUUGCGAAUUUUUGGAUCGCGCACGGGAAUUCCAGUCUAUACGGCUAAUAGAUUGCAACGUUGGGCUCUGACAUUGCUGAUGUAUGAUUUUAACAUUGAAUAUGUGUCAACUGAGAAAUUCGGAAAUGCCGACGUACUGUCUCGCUUGAUAGCGAACCAUGAGAAACCGGAUCUAGAAUACGUGAUUGCGAGCGUCGAAAUAGAAAGGGAUGUGCGGGCCGUGAUAGGCAGCAUAACGCAAAUAAUGCCACUGACGUUUGAAGAUGUCUUGCGUGAAACUAACAAAGACCUGUUACUACGAGAAGUACGAGAUUUUGUUCUACACGGUUGGCCAAAGAAGAAAUUGGAGAAUCACAAAACGCUCAGCUGGACGAUUCGCCUAUGUGUGACGGAGAAGAAAGACAUGUGCAAGGAAGACACAUUCAUUAAACCCACCUAUACUUGCAAGACCGAUGUGCGCUACGUGUACAAGUGUGCGAGAAUGACGGAGGAGAAGUGCAAAGCGUGA